GGGACUGUCUAAAGCAGACUGAACUCAGACUGACUCGAACGUACAGAAGUGGUGGGCGUCUUUGUUGAUCUCGGUAUUGCUGUGCAAAACCAUAUUGUUUUAUUUUACUGAUCGAUUUUUUGUUUUUGCGUUUACCUGAGAAGAGAAAUGCAUUUUGCCUCGGUACUCAUUGUGAAGAUGGCUAUCGUCUUCUUUCAGGGGUGCAGAUCCGCUCCGACCUGUGGACCGGUACAAUACCUUGAUGAAAACAAUAAGUGCUGUGAAAAGUGUCCGAUGGGUGAGAAGAGAGUGUCUGGAUGUGAAAGCCCAAUAUGUGUACCUUGUGGGGAUGGAGAGUACAUGCCAGAAUACAACCCCAAGACAUCCUGCAUUGUGAAGACAUACUGUGAUCCAAAUCUUAACUUUGUUUAUAAGACUCAUGGGAGCCGUGUUGAAAAUGCACAGUGUUUAUGCAAAGAAGGGACCCAUUGCUCCAGUGUGGACUGUGACACCUGCAAUGCAAACACAGAAUGUGACAAAGGACAUGGAGUCAAGGCAGCAGCUACUGAGCAGAAAGACACUGAGUGUGAGGCGUGCCCUAAGAACUACUACUCCAACAUCACGUCAGCAAAAGAGCCCUGCAUCCAGUGGACAUUGUGUGCACCAGGACUCAUCGUGAAAAUAGAAGGCACAGCAACCUCUGAUGUCGUGUGUGGUCCCGGUGAACGAGACGAGAGAGUUGCCAUGGCAGUCUGGAUUACAGUGGGGGUUCUUGCAGUUCUGGUAGCAGUGGGCUUUAGUGUUUACACACAAAGAGCAAAGCUGACAGAGCACUGCAAAAAGCAUAAGGGACAAUACCACACAGUGCCAGCGCCAGCUAAGGAAGCCAACAACCCUGUAGAGAUGGAUGACCAGCAGCCUCUCGAGGAACCAGAACCCAAGAGUCCCACUGAGGAAACUCUGUCCGACGGGAAAAGGCUGGUGACCCAGGAGGUGGGGAAGGACUCACACAUGCCAGAGCAAGAUUCACAAGACUUCCGCUAAUGAGGAGAAGCCAGCAGACAAGCAGCUGUGAGAUGAGGAGGCAACACUAACCCUGGACUGCACGCAUCAAUUCAUUACACCUCCCAGGGGCUAGGGGGCAGUAUGCUGUGUUCUGCAAAGAUUACAGCUUUUUGUGGAGUAUAAGACAAUUGCAUCUCUGCACAGCAGUGAAUGACAGUGGUCAGAAAACGGGAGGACUGGAGCAUUAAAUGUUUGUUGUGUUUUCAUUGUAAAUACACUUCUUUUUUUUUUUUUUGCCCGUAUUUAUAUCUUAAUUUCAACACGGGUCAAAGCAGGCUAAAUUUCCCUAUACCUUGCAGUACCAGAAAAAAACAUAAGAGCAUUCACGAAUGAGAGGAGGCCGUUCAGCCCAUGUAAGCUCGUCCGGUUCCUAACAGCUGUUUGAUCUCAGAACUUUGUCAAGUUGGGUCUUAAAGUGAUUCAGCAUCAACAACAUGACUAGGUAACCUUUUCCAUCCCCUCCCCACUCCCGAAGAAGUGUCUCCUUCCCACUGUCCUAAGAACUAACAGGCAAGGGCAGCUACAAUAGGACGAGGCUGCUAUGUGUAGAAUGGUAUCAACGCGUUAGCAUUAACAUCCACACUGCUGGUAAUCCAUCGCAGUACCAUUCUACUGUGGAUCAGCCUGCUACUGAAUCAGCAGGACCACACUGCAAUGCCUGUUCCAAAUUCAUUGGCUUUCAAAAGUUUAAACAUUUUCAAUAUAUUAAACAACUUUCAAUGAUCUUCAUAGGCAAGCAUUUUGCAGCAACAUAAAAAAAAAAACAUGAAGAAAUGUCAUUUUUUAAAGUAUUAAUGUUGUACAGUAGGUUUCUGGUUUGAUAUUGUGAUGUUCUCCAAAAGGGUGCUGUCCUUUAUUAAAUGUAUAUAUGUACUUAAUAAAACAUUAGUCAUG